GGCGUUUUUGGGGAGUGACUGUGAUGUCUGUCUGACAAUAACACUGCGAAGCUCUCCGCUAGUAGCUAAAAAGAAGAAAGCUUUCACACACGAAAAUUUCUCGGAUCUGAGAUCUUUGGAUCCAAACAUCGCUUUUUAAUUCGAAAUCAAGGUAUAAGGAAAGCUUCGAGGGAUUUUAGUCAUGUCAAGAAGGCAAGUAGGAGGUUCCACGAGGCGUGGAGGGGAUAGUGGAAGCUUUCCAUUUGUAGGAGCUUUGCACUCUAAAUCACGUUCCUCUCCUCUGCUUUCUAUUUGCCUUGUUCUCGUGGGAGCAUGCCUUCUCAUUGGUUAUGCUUUCAGUGGUCCAGGUUUGUUUAAAACUAUCAGAGAAGUCAGCAAGAUCACAGGUGACUAUUCCUGCACAUCAGAAGUUCAAAGAGCCAUUCCUGUUCUCAAGAAUGCUUACGGAGAUAGCAUGCGGAAAGUCUUGCACGUGGGUCCUGAAACAUGCUCAGUGGUGUCUACACUGUUGAAGGAAGAAGAGACUGAAGCAUGGGGUGUUGAGCCGUAUGAUGUAGAGGAUGCAGACUCCAACUGCAAAAGUCUUUUGCGUAAAGGCCUUGUACGUGUGGCUGACAUCAAGUUCCCUCUGCCUUACCGGUCUAAGUCAUUUUCUGUUGUGAUCGUCUCGGAUGCUCUGGAUUACCUCUCACCAAAGUAUCUGAACAAAACCGUUCCUGAACUUGCGCGGGUUGCUUCAGAUGGUGUCGUUCUCUUCGCAGGUAAUCCUGGUAAGCAAAAGGCUAAAGCUGCAGAGUUGUCAAAAGUGGGACGACCGGCUAAAAUGCGUAGCUCGUCCUGGUGGACCCGUUUCUUCUCACAGACGAACUUAGAGGAAAACGAAGCAGGAAGCAAGAAAUUCGAAAAAGCAGCGUCCAAGAUGUCAUACAAACCAGCUUGUCAAGUCUUCCACCUCAAGCCAUUACAUUAGAACGUUAUUAGUAUUAUUAUUACUUGUCUGCGAACCAAAUAUAUCUUCCACUCUCUGUUAUAUGCCUUAUUUGCUCUAUAGAAAGAAACAGAUGUUCAAAAAAGAAAUUGUAUUCCAUUCUCAACGUUUUGAUUCAUAAGUUAACUAUUUAAUAAAUUAGCCUGCCUUUAUUU